AAAGAUGAUAGAAGAUAACUGGAGUGCGAGAAAGAGGUCAUAACUAUUGGAAGAACUCGAUAUAGGUAGUCUGGUGCCAGAACUUGCAGCCUAUUUCAAAGCUCCAGCUUUUAAGAUAUACGCCGAGCUAUGCCUUUCACUGAAGAAUUUUAUUUACCUCCGGAGGAAGAAUUGAAGGUUCAAGAAAUAAAUUUGUCCACUCCUUUUCUCAAAGCCGGAGCUCUACAUUUCGGGAAAUAUUGCAACGAAGAAUGCAAAGAAUUUAUGUUAUGUCGGCGUGAAGAAAAUGAUCCUAGACGAUGCUUAAAAGAGGGAAAAGAUGUCACAGCUUGUGGACUUAAAUUUUUUCAGCAAGUAAAGAAGAAUUGUCGUGAGGAAUUUGAUCAAUUUGCUGAUUGCUUAGAAUGGAAUAGUCCUAAAAUGGAAGUUAGAUAUUGUAGAAAGACACAAGCUGCUCUGGAUAGAUGUAUGCUGGACAAAUUGAAUAUUGAGCGACCAUACUUUGGGUUCUACACUCAAAUUCAUCCUCAUAAAACCGAUCGUCCUAGACCGGAAUCAUUUUUGCCUCGUAAAGUAUACAAAGAUGAUCGUCCAUCACUUCCUGAUGAUUAUCCAAGAGAGGAGGCUAAAUUUGGCUCAGCUUAUUUAGUUUAUAAUUGAAUAAAAUUUUGUGGUUGUGUAAGUUAGGUAAAAUAUUUUGUUUGAAAAAAAAAAAGAAGAAAAGUUAACGCAUUGAAAAAUUAUCUGUAGAUAUCAUGUCAAAAGAUAUUAAAUGCAUUUUC